AUGCUUCAGAAGUAUGAAAAGAACGAAGAUCCUCACACGUUGUCUGUUGUGUUCGAGAGCUCCUCUAUUGAGGCUAGCAUCAACAAGUAUAUGUGUAGUUGUGCUGCUGGACAAGGUCUUUGCCAUCAUGUUCUUGGAUUGCUCUAUACUCUUGCCCAUUUCCAGCUAUUAGGCUUAAAAAGUGUCCCGCCAAUGGUUUCUAAAACAUCAAAGGCACAGGUAAAAUUUAAUAAUAAUAAUAAUAGAUUUGAUGAUAAACAAUAAGAAAAAACAGUCAUUAAUGUAUAGAGAUUUGACUGUAUCUUACCAAUAUUUUUCCUUAAAAACUCCUUUUAAUCACACUGCUGUUUUUAAACAUAACACAAUAAGCAAUUUUGAAUUCAUAUAGUAUAUUUGUAUAUUAUUUUUUUGCAGAGAUGGCAUAUCCCCAGUCGUAAAGAGGGCAUUAAAGCAAGGCCAGUGACAGAUUUGAUUAUACAAAAGUCAAAGCCAAAAGAUAAAUUGCAUGAACCUAAAACAGGGUUCGUACGGGUCAUGGAAAACCUGGAAAGUCAUGGAAUUUCGAAAAAAAAAUUCCAGGCCUGGAAAGUCAUGGAAUUUCGAUCAGAGUCAUGGAAAGUCAUGGAAAAUUGUUAUAAUUUGACAUUUUGCAAAAACCGAGAUGAAAAUAAAGAAAAUUCCUUGCUUUCACAAGUUUUUGUUUAAUAAACUAUUCCUUGUUUACGUGUUUGCAACGACAAACGCGCAUUUUUCCCCCGAUACCGUGUGAUACGUUUUUGCUGAGACCUGGGGCCGAGUCCCAGCAUCGCCAUGCGACCAGGCCUGCCACGAGGUAAAGAUGAGCUUGAGCGAUCAUUCAAGCAGAUUUAAUAUAUAAUGCCUGGAAAAUGCAAAUUCCAAGAUGCUUGGCUGAGUAACCCGCAGUAUAAUAAGUGGAUAGAACGCGGGAGUUCUUCGUCAGAGGCAAAAUGUAAAGCAUGCAAAAAGACAUUCGCUGUUCAAAAUAUGGGAGAAGCAGCAGUGAAAAGCCACAUGAAAUCGAAGAAGCACGUCGAUGCUGUUAAAGGUACGUUUGUGUGUUCAAAUUUGAAUUUACUAGAAUUUAAAGUUUGCAUCAAGACAAGAAAAUGCAUGUUUGCGUUAGAUAUUUGUCUCGAUAUUUGUACCAACUCGUGAUUCAUUUAGGAUGCAGCCUGUAUUGGGUAUAACAUAGAUUUAAGUGCUGUGGUGUAAUAAGAAUCGGCAAAAUAAUCAAACAGAACAAAAGAAUUUGUCAUCUAAAGCGACAGAAUAUAAAUAAAUGUCUUUUUAAUUUCGGGAUGACAAAGAUAAUGCAUGGAUUGUACCGAUGUUUAGGCAAGAGUGUUCUUUUGAGUUUUUGAGAGGCUGCAGGGGGGGGGGGGGGGGUGGUUGGGGGCCGGUGGGACUAAACUCGGAGGUAUAUUAAAUUUCAGAUAUAAAGUUAAUGUAUUAUGAGGGACUAGCAAAACGGCCAUUUCAUAUUUUUUUAUUUAGCGCAUCUUUAUUUAUUAAUACAAAAUUUAUACAAUAGUUAAUACUAUGCGAUACAACACUAAUACACUAAAAGUGAGUUUUUAUUUUUCCUUGACAUUUGUGGCUCAGCAUUGGGAUUAAUUAUGGCUUCAGCCCCCCCUCCUUCAGUUCUGUUGUGGCGCCUGUAAAAUAUGGUUUAUUUUUAUAAGUGGAUUGCAAUUUCGAUGAGGCUAUUGUGAAAUUUUGAGAUUCCAGGAUUUCUGUGACAGUAAAUUCAUUUAAUUAGGGCUCAUUUUUGACGAUAUUCAUAAACAAACAUUUUUUAAUUUGAUUUUAGACGAGAGUAGCAAUGCCAGCCUCAGAAACUUUUUACCUGCUGUUGGAAGCCAGCGUGGUUCACAUGAAGUAGGACGCUCUGAACAGCCAUGUUCUUCCGGUGCCGGUGAUAUAAGAAAUUAUGUGGCUUCAAAUGAGACACUUGCUGCAGAAGUUUUGUGGGCACUGAAAGUAAUCUUGUCUCACUAUAGUUACAAGAGCUGUGAGGACAUUCCAGAACUAUUUAAACGUAUGUUUCCGGACAGCCAGAUAGCCAGCAAGUUUUCCUGUGGCGAGAAAAAAUGUGCUUACUUAGCUUGUUUUGGCAUAGCACCCUAUUUCCAACGUAAGCUUACGGAUGAAGUCACAAAACUUGAAUUGUUUGUUUUACUUUUUGAUGAAUCGCACAAUAAAGUUACCCAAACCAAGCAGAUGGAUCUGCAUGUUAGGUUUUGGGAUGCAAAAAACUCCAGAGUGCAGACAAGGUACCUAACCUCUGUAUUUCUGGGACAUGCUACAGCCGACGACCUUUUGGAAAAGAUCGUUAGCUACCUUGAUAGUAUCAAGAUUCAGAAGUCCAACAUAUUGCAGUUGUCAAUGGACGGGCCUAACGUGAAUUGGAAACUGCAUGAGCUAUUCCAGGAACUGAUCUCUGAGGUUGACGAAAACGCACCCAUCUUAGUUAACGUAGGCUCUUGUGGACUUCACAUUGUACACAAUGCUUUCAAAGCUGGAUCAAAGGCAUCUACUUGGAGCAUUCAGGAAGUUCUGUCUUCUCUUCAUUGGUUAUUUGUGGAUUCACCAGCACGAAGAGAGGAUUACACAGAAAUAACCAGCAGUGUUGUAUUUCCAAUUAAGUACUGCAAGCACAGAUGGCUGGAGAACCUGCCAGUUGUAGUACGGGCCCAGGAAAUAUGGAAAGAAGUCACUUUCUAUGUGACAACGGUGCAACGUAGCAGCAAAUAUAGUGUGCCAACUUCAAAGUCCUACAAGACGAUAAGAGAUUCAACCCAAGAUCCACUAAUGCCUCUCAAAUUUGCUGCUUUUGAGUCAGUGGCUAAACAGCUGCAACCAUUUCUGGUACAGUUCCAAAGCGACAGCCCUCUUCUACCAUUUGUGGCCAGCAGUCUAGAGAAGGUGAUUCGUGGUCUCAUGAAAAGGUUCGUCAAAGCUGAUGUACUCCAGGGUGCCAGCUCUGCAGUAAAGCUUCUGAAGAUUGACUUCAAGAAGAGGGAGAAUUGCCUUGACGUGGAGAAGUUGGAUGUUGGUUUUGUUGCUGCCACGAAGCUGAAAGAAUUGCAAGCAGCCAAGAAAAUCAGUGAUCGUCAGACAUAUGAAUUUAGGAAGGAAUUCCAGUCGUUCCUUACAGCUACAGUUGGAAAACUUAUUGAGAAGACCCCAAUUGCCUAUUCCCUUGCCAGGAACCUGUGCUGUUUGGAUCCGAUUCAUAUUGUGACAGAGAAAGAAGCAAGCUGUGCGAGGUUCAAGAUUGUCCUCAAGAAAUUGGUAGAAUGCAAGAGGGUUGAUAUUCAUGAUUGUGACAUUUUGUUGUCACAGUACAGUGAAUUUACGGAACGGGCUACACAGGUGCACAAGUCUGAGUUUGAAGACUUUGACUUUACAGAUCAGAGAUUGGAUGCAUUUCUCCAAAAACACAUUGGUCUUGUCGGUUCACUUUCCAAACUGUGGGACGUUGUGAAAUUCCUCUUGUGUCUCUCACAUGGGCAAGCAAGUGUAGAAAGGGGAUUUUCCGUUAACCGACAGCUAAUGAUUGAGAAUAUGAAGGAGACCACUUUCGUUGCCCAACGCACCAUUCAUGACCACAUAUUGAGUAUUGAUGGAUUUCAUAAAUUGGUCAUUUCGAACGAGCUUCUUACCUCUGCUAAAGCAGGAAGACAGCGGUAUCACGCCCAUCUUGAAGAGCAGCGACAGCUUGCGAAAAAUGUUGCCAAAAGCCACAAACGAAAAUCUGUGGAUGAAGCAAAAGCUGAUUUCAGAAGAAAAAAGAAGAGACUUGAAACAGAGAUCACCACCUUACAGUUUGAUGCUGACAAAUUAGCUAAAGAGGCUGAGGUGAAGAGGCAGCUCGUCUUGUUAACCGAAUCAAAUGCACUCAGAAAUGCAGCAAAGGAGAAGAAGAUAGAACUAGAAAACUUAAACAAGGAAUUGGAAGAGUGUGAUAAAUAAGUCCGAGUGACAACCUGUCCAAAAGUACUGCUUUCUUGAAGUUAUUUACCAGAAUUGCAAGCAUUUAACCAUUGAACAAAUAGAUUUGUUCAUACAAGGAUGCACUCAUAUAUUUUUCUAUAUUGUAGAUGAAAACUGAAACCUCAUACUGCAAUUGUGAACACUGAAACAAUGACUGUAUUGUAAGGAAAUUAAGAUUUUAUAGUUCUGGGCUGUACAGGUUUUGUUAGGAAAUUAAGUCUGGAUUAUACAGUUUUUGUUACGAAAUUUUAAAAGAUAUAGUUCUGGAUUGUACAGAUUUUGUUAGGAAAUUAAGUCUGCAUUGUAUAGAUUUUGUUAGGAAAUUUUAAUAGAUAUAGUUCUGGACUGUACAGUUUUAUAAGGAAAUUUUAAAAGAUAUAGUUCUGGACUGUAAAGUUUAUCUUAGGAAAUUUAAAAGAUAUAGUUCUGGACUGUAAAGUUUAGUAAAAAGUAUCUGUUUACGUCGUGUUGUUGCACUUGUGUCAUUUUGUUGCACGGAAAUAAAGAUUCCGUGUUAUACGUAUGAAUUUAACUGGUCUUAGCAUCUUCUUCUUUUCUACAAUUUGGUUAACAUGCAAGGAAAAAACGAAUUGAUGGUACUGUAAGUAUAUAUUGAGAAAAAUAAUUUGAACAAUUGGGUCAUGGAAAAUCGGAAAAGGUCAUGGAAAAAGUCAUGGAAAGUCAUGGAAUGUCAGAAAGUCAAAAGCGUACGAACCAUGUAAAAAGAAGAGAAAGGUGUGUGGUGUGGCAAGCACGAUCUACAAACCCUUCCAGCAAUCAUUAAGUAGCCUUGACUUGACUAGUGUGCUGUCGCCACAGUUUGAAAAUCUCAACAAUCAACCUGGAUUUAUGAGAAUAUGGGAAGAUGAACAAAGUGAGCCUCCAAUUUUAGUAGACUCGGCCUUUGGAAAGGUGCCAAAAGGCUGUGUCAUAAGCUAUCAACAGCCAUUGAAAGUUAAGAGCAAUAUUAACAUACAGCUACCUGCAUUCAACUUUCCAUCUUUAAGCUAUCCAGAUACAGUGCUCAAUGAAAAACAAGACCUUUUCUUCAGCUCCCUUGCAAUAUCAGGUCAACAGUCUAUUGACUUUGAAAUGGAGACAAGGGAACAGUCAACUACAACAGCAUGGCAUGAACUAAGGAAGUUUAGGCUUACAGCUUCAAAUUUCAAAGAUAUAUGCUCAAGAAGAAAAGACCAUGAAAUCCUUUCUACGCGUUUACUAAAGGGAAAAGUAAUCCAAACUGCAGCCAUGAAAUAUGGGAUACAAAAUGAGGGGGUAGCUGCUGAUAUGUACAAAACACAGUUUGGCAGAGACACUCACCUAGUAGGUUUUCUUAUAAACCCAUGUCUCCCACACCUAGGCUGUAGCCCAGACAGAAGAGUGUUUGACGACACUGAACAACAUCCAUGGGGCCUGAUAGAAAUAAAGUGCUCUCCAGCAAGUCAUCUGGAUAACCUUCAGUAUUUAAAGUUUAAUGAACGAAAUGGGUCAUAUUCAUUGAAGAAGACACACAAGUAUUAUUAUCAAGUUAUGGGAUGCCUUGGUUUAACAGGAAGUCAGUGGUGCGAUUUCUUUGUUUACUGCAAGGACGAAUUUCACUGUGAACGAGUAUAUUUUGAUGAACUUCUCUUUUCUGAAAUGCUGGACAAACUGAAUUUAUUUUUUUUUUGA